CACCACUAGCAGAGCGAGGGGACCAAAGCUGCGGCUCACCAUCAGCACCAGCGCACACCCGACUCCCAGCAUCCCAAUACACUGGGAAUAAACCCCGACACCUGCUACAAACUGCGAACCUUGAGAGGACAGAAGAGUGGAAACAAGAGUAAUCAUGUACGAUGCAACAAGGGUGCCAUCACCAAAGGAUGGUGUAAACGCAGUGGCCCAACCUGUAGUCCCUGGAUCUGAACCCGGAACAGCAGCGGGUGCAGGAGGGCCGGCAGCCACGGCGGUGCUGCAGGCCAAAACUGAGGAGGGUCAGCCAGGGACAGAGGAGGAAGAGGAGGUAAUACUGGCGCCCGUCCUGGUGAAGAAGCCGCACAGAGAGAUUCUGGACCAUGAGAGGAAGAGGAGGGUGGAGCUGAAAUGCAUGGAGCUCCAAGAGAUGAUGGAGGAGCAGGGGUACACCGAGGAGGAGAUCCGUCAGAAAGUGAGCACAUUCAGACAAAUGCUGAUGGACAAGGAGGGCGUUAUCACCAGAGAGGGGUCUCAAACCCAACCUUUGGUAAACCACUUUCAUUAUCAGCCUGACGAGUAUGAAGAGGACCCAGAGGCAGCUGGAUAUGAAGAUGGAGACUAUGAGGAGGACUACCACAGUGACAACAGAAUGAAAAGGAAAUCAACCAGCUCUCCAUCCCCUCGGCCAAAGAAAAGGAAGAAGAAGAAGUCUGGCCGUCGAAAGAGUCGGUUUGGCAGCUCCUCGCCCACACGCAGAGAGAAGAAGAAGAAGGGUGGGAAGAAGCACAAGAGAGACAGGUCAACAUCUGACUCCAGAAAAAAGAGAAGAUACAGGUCAGGCAGCCAGAAGAACAAACACAAAGAUAAGAACAAACAGAAGAAGAGGUCCCCUGGUGAGACCCCCAGCAGGAGCUCGCAGCAUCAGGGCAGCUGCUGCAGCUCUCGAAGCGCCUCCCUGUCCUCCACUCGGAGCACCUCCAAAUCUCCCACCAGAUGGAACUCGAAGCACAAGGCAGAAGGCCACAAGGCGUCGGACACGUCACCGUCUCAGACACCCAACAAUCCUGUCAAGUGGCACAACGGGGAGCACACCCGACGGAGCCGCAACGGCAAGGCGGCCAGAUUCUCACACGCCGAGGCUGAGAAAGGGAAUGAUAAGCUGCGUCUGCUGAAUGCAAGCUCUGCAGGCAUCCAGUCUACUUUACUAAAAGAGCAAAGGCUCCACAGCGCCCCCAGGAGGAACCAAGCGGAAGAGACUGGGAGUGUGGAAGGCAAGGUGGCAGCUAUAGGGAGCCCUUUAACUCAGACAUCUGGUAGGAGAAGCGGCCCGAGAGGCCGGAGACGGAGCUCCCACUCCCCCGAUCACAGCAGUGACUCGGCCCACUCCCAGCACAACCACUCUCACAGAGGGAGGUCCUCCCGACAUCAGCGAAAAUCAAAAGGUGGACACUCCUCUAAGCGUCACAACCGCUCUAAUCGGGGUCAGGCGCAUCACAAGAGCCCAUCUGGGUCUCCGGGGCGUCACUCACACACAUCAGGUAGGAAGAACGAGGAGUCUCGGAGCAAAGCCAACCUCCGGCAGCGCAGCAGCUCCUGGAGCAGCGGCCGCUCGUCCUCACGCUCUGCCUCCAGAGACAAGGGCCCCGGCAAAGUCAAGUCCCCACACAGCAGACAGAACAUCUCAAGAGAAAAGGACAGCGCCAACCGCUCUGACACCGACAGCAGAGCUCGGCGUCGCUCACGCAGUUACUCACCCAUCCGGAAGAGAAGAAGGGAUUCACCCAGCUUCAUGGAGGCUCGAAGGAUCACCAGUGCUCGGAAGCGCCCGAUCCCGUACUACCGGCCCAGUCCUUCGUCGUCCAGCUACGACAGCAGCCCAUCACGGUCCAGCCGCAGCCGUAGCUACAGCAGCUACAGCAGCUACAGCCGCACCAGAAGCCAGAGCCAGAGUCACAGCCGGAGCCGGAGCCGCAGCAGGAACUGGAGCCGAAGUCGCAGCAAAAGUCGUAGCCAGAGCUGGAGCCGCAGCAGGAGUCGCUCCCACAGCUACUACAGCCGCAGCAGCUACGACAGCCCGGGCUUCUGAAUGCAUCAGAUGGCGGAAGGGACAAAGAACACUAAAGCAAACAGACGAUGAAGGCAAGAAUAAGUCCUCCACUGAAGCGCCUGGAAAGUCCAGAGUCCAAACUCCUCCAUCAGUGACGACUUUGUCUCCAGCACAGAUCCUGAACAAAGACAGAUGUAUUUUAUUAUAGCACAUUCAUUUGAAUCAAACUCUCUCUGAUCUUGAGUCACAAAGAGAAAGAACAGCUUCCCUAUUUCAGAAAUCAGGUGACCGAGCCGAAGGAACAAAUCCCAACACAGUCAGUCAGCAUUUUCCAUCCUAUCCUCCACAAGGCAGCCAGAAGUGAGUGGGUCAACAAACACAUGCUUCAUGAAUAUAGAGAAACAUAUGUGUAUCUUAAAAACAGAAGGUGAAUAGAAAACAAAAACAGACAAAAGGAAACCAGUCAGAUAUUUGUCUUACCUGCCAUCAUGUGCUCAUCCCUCCAAAGACAUCCAUUUUACUGAGGAGAGGUCAACAAACAGAACAAAGAGCAACCCGGACAGAUGAAUGAGGGAACAAAAAAACAACUUUUUUUAUGGUUACAACUUUUAUUGUGUAGAUAUGCCUGUAUAGAUUUAAACUCUGAUAAGUUCUGGCUUUGUAAACUAUGCACUGUAUAUUCCAUUUAGCUUAAGAAGGUCUGUUUAGCAUGUAACAUCUGUCAAGACUCUCCUCAAAGAGGAUUUACUGACUGAGAAGGGUGCCAUUGAGUGUCUGAAUGGAGGGGGGAUGGAGGCUGUGUAUCAUGUACCUUUACUCUCCAACCUUUACCUUCGUUCUUACUAACCUGUGGAUGUGUGUGUGUGUGUGUGUGUGUGUGAGGGCAAACGUCCUGUUCAAAGAUCGGCGAGUACUCUGCAACCUGAAGUCAGGCUGCCUGAAAGGAAAACUGCAAAUUAUCUCCAUGCAAACAUUUUAACCUCAACUAUUUAUGAAUUUAUUCUAUCUGUAUGUUUAUUUAUUGGAAUAUUUAUUUAUUUAUUUAUUUAUUUAUUGUUUAAUUUAUUUGACUUUUUUCAGUGAUGCAUAAAGAUCUUGCAUUAGGAUCUGAUCAAAUUAGAUUAGGUUUACAUACAAAUGAAAAUCUAAAGUGAGUUUUUCAGCAGCGCGUCUUUUUUAGACUUCAGGUCCUCCUCUAUGCUGUAAGCAGAAAAGUAACAUCUUCUUGUUUGUGCUCCAGGCAGCAAAACGUUCUGCUCCAUUUACGGCAUCCUUUUAAACUCCGAGGUAUAUUUACACUGUCAGCUCCUUCAAGAGAAGAUGACCCGUAAGAUAACAAACCGGUGAUACAAUCACUAAAGUCUUCCUUUCCAUACAUGCGGUCUUUUUCCAUUCAUACGUACGACUCUCAGUAAGCAGCUUUAACCCAAUUAAUCAGUAUAUCAUUGUCUCUUUUGUUUUCAGGUCCUUCUUUGUAUUGUAUAAUCGAAGAUCACUGAUAAUAAACAAAAGAUGAA